AUGUUCAGCGACGAUGAUGACUUUUCUGAUGACAUGCUGGAAUUACCAGACUCUCCAAAUUCAUCGCCCGACCCAGUUCAGGAAAACGAGCAAGAGGAAUUCCGUGACUUAGUUAAGAAGCGAGAAAGGAUUGAGAAGAAAAUGAACGAUGUGGAUGAACUCGCUAGACAGGUGAAGUUUGCCCUGGAGCUACAAAAAGCAAUGGCUGACUGCUAUUCAAAUCGUGUGUCAUCAUUUCCGGUUGAGACACUGAUUGAGUUAAGGUCUUUAUCAUCUGGAUCGUUCCUCAUCGUUUUUUCAAUAAGAAACAAUACAACAAAUGAUCUCAUUGAUUGGACGAUUACCGCCAGUCUUGUGCCAUCAACACUGACAGAGCCAAGCGGGGGAUCUCUUUCCCAAAGCAUUGCUGUGGAGAGUCUAUCACCUGGAGAAGAGUUUUCGUCAGAACUGUUUUUCCCUGAACCUCACCUCAAGCUGCCAUUAAUUGUUCGACUGAGCCUCAAAAGGUGA